UGUUAAAAAGUAGAAAGAAAAAGAAACGACACCGUUCAAGACUAUGACUACACCCCCUCCAUGCCAAUCUUCUCCAUUUAAGCACGAGACAGAGAAUAAUCAUUAUUAACAGCUCUACUUCCAACGCCACCGGUCUCGUGCAACAACUCUGAACCCUAAUUACAUGUUCCUGUCUCCACAUUACUGGUAAUUUCCUCCUUUCAAAGUGCUAUGUUUUUUUUUUUGAAUUUUAUCAACUGGUUUGUGUAUUUUCUUCUUCUUCUUUGUACUCUAGGAAAAUAAAUUGAAUCAAGUUAAAAGCAACACACUUCUUCUCCUUCCUCUUCUUCUUUACCCCCUUGUCUUGGCUUCAAAAUCAACUGGGCAGGAAUUUUUUGGAUGGGUUUUGAUCAUUAUCACUAGCUUCUUCCAUAGUUGUAGGGAUGAGUGCUUCUCUGCUUCCUAAACACGUGGCAGCUGUUUUGAAGCAGCAAAAGGAUCCUCUCAAAGCCCUUGAAAUGUUCAACAAAGUUAAAAGAGAAGAUGGGUUCAAGCACAGUUUGUUAACUUACAAAUGCAUUAUCCAAAAACUUGGGUUUCACGGGAAUUUCGUGGCCAUGGAGAACGUGCUUGCGGAGAUGAGGAUGGAUAUAGAUAAUAGUUUGCUCGAAGGAGUGUAUAUUGGAGCUAUGAAAAGUUAUGGAAGGAAAGGGAAGGUUCAAGAGGCUGUUGAUGUGUUUGAAAGAAUGGAUUUUUAUAACUGUGAGCCAUCUGUUUUAUCCUAUAAUGCAAUUAUGAAUAUAUUGGUGGAAUCUGGGUACUUCAAGCAGGCUCAUAAAGUGUUUUUGAGAAUGAAGAAUGUGGGGAUUGUUCCUGAUGUUUAUACAUUCACUAUUAGGAUCAAGUCGUUCUGUAGGACGAAAAGGCCUCACUCUGCUUUAAGGCUUCUUAAUAACAUGGUUUCUCAAGGGUGUCAGCUUAAUGCAGUUGCCUAUUGUACUGUUGUUGCUGGGUUUUAUGAAGAGAAUUACCGAGUCGAGGCAUAUGAAUUAUUUAAUGAUAUGCUCAGGAUAGGUAUUUUCCCUGAUGUUUCUACUUUCAACAAGCUUUUACACACUCUUUGUAAGAAGGGGGAGGUCCAAGAAAGUGAAAGACUUCUCAACAAGGUGCUGAAGAAGGGUAUGUGCUCAAAUUUGUUUACAUUUAAUAUUUUCAUCCAAGGGCUUUGCAGAAAGGGUAUGCUUAGUGGGGCUAUGAGUAUGUUGGACAGUGUUAUUAGAGAAGGCCUAACUCCCGAUGUGGUCACGUAUAACACGUUAAUUUGUGGAUUGUGUAAAAACUCUAAUGUAGUAGAAGCUGAGAAGUAUCUGCACAAACUGGUGAAUGGUGGUUUAGAGCCCGAUGGUUUCACUUACAACACUUUAAUUGAUGGAUAUUGCAAAAUGGGUAUGAUACAAAAUGCUGAGAAGAUUCUUCAAGGGGCAAUUUGCAAGGGAUUUGUGCCUGAUGAGUUCACAUAUUGCUCCCUAAUUAACGGGUUAUGCCAGAAUGAUGAAAUUGACCGUGCCCUGGCUCUUUUCAACGCGGCAUUGGGAAAAGGAUUGAAGCCUACUGUAAUCCUAUGCAACAUGCUAAUUAAAGGGUUGUGUCAGGAAGGACUUAUCUUGCAAGCCUUGCAGAUGAUGAAUGAGAUGUCAGAAAAUGGCUGCAGCUCUGAUAUAUGGACUUAUAAUUUAGUUAUAAAUGGAUUGUGCAAGAUGGGUUGUGUCUCCGAUGCCAAUAACCUAAUGAAUGAUGCUAUCGCCAAAGGAUAUGUUCCUGAUGUUUUUACAUUUAAUACGUUGAUUGAUGGCUACUGUAAACAGUUGAAAAUGGAAAUAACAAUUCAGAUUCUGAAUAAAAUGUGGAGCCAUGGUGUUACUCCUGAUGUGAUCACAUAUAACUCUGUGUUGAAUGGCCUCUCCAAGGCCGUAAAGAAUGAAGAUUUGAUGGAAACUUUCAAAACGAUGGUGGAGAAAGGGUGUGUCCCUAACAAAAUCACAUACAAUAUACUCACUGAGAGCCUCUGUAAAGCUGGGAAAGUAAAUGAGGCUUUGGACUUGGUUGAUGAAAUACUAAACAAAGGCAUUACACCAGAUACUGUUAGUUUUGCUACAAUCAUCAGUGGGUUUGCCAAUAAUGGGGACCUGAAAGGAGCUUACCAGCUCUUUAGAAGAAUGGGAGAACAAUAUAAGGUCUCACAUACAACAGCAACGUAUAACAUAAUGAUCAAUGCUUUUGCUGAGAAGCUAGAUCUUCAUAUGGCAGAAAAGCUUUUUCUUGAGAUGGGUGCUGGAGGCUGUGCCCCAGACACGUACACUUAUCGUGUCAUGAUCGAUGGCUUUUGCAUAACAGGAAACACUGAUUCUGGAUACAAGUUUCUACUGGAAAUGAUUGAGAAAGGGUUCAUUCCAUCACUGACAACGUUUGGGCGAGUAAUAAAUUGCCUUUGCGUGCAGCAGAGAGUUCACGAGGCAGUUGAUAUUAUCCAUUUUAUGGUGCACAAUGGUAUUGUCCCUGAGGUUGUGAAUAGCAUAUCAGAGGCUGAUAAGAAGGUGGUUGCAGCGCCUAAAAUAGUUGUGGAAGAUUUGUUGAAGAGAAGUUGUAUAACUUACUAUGCUUAUGAACUUCUGUAUGAUGGUAUUAGAGAUAAAAAGACCCAAAAGCAAAAACUUCCAAAUAGGCACUAACGUGGUGCAGGAAGGCAUUCAUGUAUGUUGACCGAAUUUCUUCACUGGAAGUGGAAAUGUGAAAGAAGUUAUUUCAACAACAACAAAGAAGAGGUUCUGCUGGCUCAACUUCUCUCUGCUUUAAAAAUGAAAAAAAUAUAUUUUGUAUCGUUACCUCCAUCCCAGCAAUGUAAUUUUAACAUUAUUAUGCAUUUCUGAGGCAGGCUGGGCUAAUUGAAAAACUCAAAACAAGUUUCUGGUUGCUUGUUUGUUGCUGGCUGGCAGCAUUAUAAUUUCUGAACUAUAGAAGGAUCUUCACCCUAAAACUAGACAGAGGCUGCCUUUCAGUCCUGAAAGCUGUAUGUACAAUAUUCAAUGAUAUGACACAGCCAAACAGAGCUGUGAAACCUAAUUUAUAGUAGAUUCAAGUUUUCUCAACUCCUGGCUACUAUGGUUUCUGUCAAAAGCAGGUGCAAGGUGAUGGUACCCGGGUGGUUGGAUUAAACGAGGCCUAUUUUGCUUUUCGUGUGGGAGGGCUGAUUGCCCUUUUGAACCAGCUGCCUCCUCCUAUAAACCAGUUUCGAGCAGCAGCAUCCAGCAUGAGAUAUUCUGAUAAUUUGAACUUUCUUAGCAGAGAAUUAUUUCUGUUUCAAUUCCUAUAUAGGUUGCAAUGUCAGGGAAUUAUUAUCAGAAUUCAGAAACAUAUUGCUAUCUUAUCUAGUAUUUUCCCCUUUUUUGUGGGGCUGAAACGUUUUAGAUGCA